AUGGCUUUUCAUAUCAUACUAGAAGAGAUAGAAACCUUACGAAGCAAAAGCAUCCUCGGCUUCUCGUUCUUUGCUGACGAUUUGGUGGAAACCGCUCAGAACAUUGUGGAUCUGGUGUUCAGGAGUCAUGGCGGAUGGGCUUUCCUUCAGCUUGGACAGCACCAGCAGUCCUUCCUCCAGCAGCUGCAGCAGAAUCACUCUUUCAACUUGCCUCAACCGAACUUCUUCAUCAAUCAGCAGAUACCAGCACCAGCGAUGAUUGGCCAGGCUCCCACCCAGAACGUCGUAGUGCACUCACAUGUAGCUUCAGCUCCCACCCAGAACGUUGUAGUGCACUCGCAUGUAGCCCCUGCGCCCGCUCAAAUCCAAGGGCCCUCCGAACAAGACAAAAACGAGCUUCAUCUCGACCGACUCAACAAAGAAAACGAUCGCAACGAGAAGUUGAAGAACAGGUACGAGGAUGAACUAGCAGUGAAAGAGCGAGCCAGGUUGGAAGCUGAAGCGAAGAAGACGAUUGAGGCAGCGGAGGAGAAGGCUCGUAAGUUAAAGGAGGCCGAGGAAAGAUUCGAAAGGAACAAGAUUGAAAACAAUUUGAAAGAGGACACAAUUCUGCGCAUUGACGAAGCGAAGAGCAAACAAGACGAACUGGACCGUAAGACGCGCGAGAUGACGGAGAGGACAGAGCAGCAAAAGGUUGAUGCUGCACGAAGGUUUGAGCGAACACGUCAGGAAGCAGCCGCGAAAAGGGAGCAGCAGAGGCGAGAGGAGGAGAAGCGGGAUCAGGAGAGACAGCGACAGCUCGAUGCGUCCAGAAACCGAACAAAUGACUUGAAUAGUCAAUCGUACAAUCAGCAGCGCAUGCUACCGGAACGCGAAAGACCACGAAAGUCCUCCCCGGUUCCACAAAAUCGACUCGUUUCUGACGACGACGAUGACGACUCCGAUAGCGACGAUGAAAAGCGGAAAGAUCCGUACGAACUUAUCGGGCUGCCCGACAGAGGGCACACAUCAGUCAAAGACAUCGAAACUACCCAACGAGUGUUGAACAAGAUUCAUCAAAAGACUCUCGAUACUGCAAUGUCAGACUCCAAGAGACAACAUGCUGAGAAACGUAUGGUCGAAAUCAAGUGGGCAGCGGCCAUUCUCUUGGACGAAAUGAACAAGAGGGCUUAUGAUGAGGCUGGUGCUAUAUUUCCUCAUGAGCAGCAGGCUUGGAGGAAGAAGAAUGGCAUCAGUGGUGCUGGCGGUAGGAAGUAG